GCUGGAGCGAGAGUGCGAGCGGUCACCGGGCGCAGGAGCCGCCAUGCCCCCAGGGCCGUGCGCCUGGCCGCCCCGCGCCGCGCUCCGGCUGUGGCUGGGCUGCGUGUGCUUCGCGCUGGUGCAGGCGGACAGCCCCUCGGCCCCCGUGAACGUAACCGUCAGGCACCUCAAGGCCAACUCGGCAGUGGUCAGCUGGGAUGUCCUGGAGGACGAGGUUGUCAUCGGCUUUGCCAUCUCUCAGCAGAAGAAGGAUGUGAGGAUGCUGCGCUUCAUUCAGGAGGUGAACACCACCACCCGAUCCUGCGCUCUCUGGGACCUGGAGGAGGACACAGAGUACAUUGUCCACGUGCAGGCCAUCUCCAUCCAGGGCCAGAGCCCAGCCAGUGAGCCCGUGCUCUUUAAGACCCCACGUGAGGCCGAGAAGAUGGCCUCUAAGAACAAAGAUGAGGUGACCAUGAAGGAGAUGGGGAGGAACCAGCAGCUGCGGACGGGCGAGGUGCUGAUCAUCGUCGUGGUCCUCUUCAUGUGGGCAGGUGUCAUAGCUCUCUUCUGCCGCCAGUACGACAUCAUCAAGGACAACGAGCCCAAUAACAACAAGGAAAAAACCAAGAGUGCAUCAGAGACCAGCACCCCAGAGCACCAGGGUGGGGGUCUCCUCCGAAGCAAGAUAUGAAACCCUUUCAGUGCUUGCUCUGAGCAGCUCAGAAGUAGAAUGCGAGAGGACCUCACUGUUCUGACGAUGAUUGUCCAACACACAUCCGGCCCUCUCCGCGUCUCCUCCCACCUCCAUCUUCUCCUAUCACCGGGCUUACUAUCUUCUCUCCUGGCUUUCCUCUAUCUGAUGGCGGUUCCUGAAGCCUCCAAUUAACCCCUAACUCGGGGAGCACCUCGACAGUGUCCGUGGCUGAGGCUACACUCAGAGACAGAGCUGCAGAAUGAGGGAGACCCAGCCCGAGGGACGCCAUUGCUGGGAGGUAGACUGGGUGCGAGGGCCCUUGGCACAGGACUCACAUCUGGGCCGUUCAGCUUGACCGAAGGCUGUGUGUGAAAGGGGAAAAAGACAAGACUGCCAGGCGGGGCUGUUGUUUUUGUGGCUUCGAGGGACAAGAACCUGGCUAAAAGGCAGCAGCCCUGCUGUUCUUUUUCUCCUGUUUCCUACCUUACAAGAAGUCCAUGCAACCAACCGGGGCUCUGGCAUUUUUCUUGUUUAUUUCCCUCCUGGCUUCCAAACAAGCCCUCUGUGGACAUCAUCAAAGCAUGGAUAACCCCCUCUGCAGGGGUGGGCUUCAUUCUCCGCUGGUCCCUGUAUCCUUCCUGGACACAGGGUGAAAGCUGUAAAAGUGGUAGGAGUGCAGCUAGCCACAGGUUCUCCUUUUCCCCAUCUCAGUCUGACGAAGGAGGCUGAACUACGAACCCAAAUUCAGCAAAAAAAAAAAAAAAAAGUCACAAAGUUAUUUGCACAAGGCUGCACCCCAUUCUGAAGAAGGCACAAGUCCGUGAGACAGAGCCCUGCCUUACCUCCCCUGGACUGGCUUCCUCUUUGAGAAAAGGCACAAAGCCCUGGGAGAGAGCAAGCACCAAGACUGGCUGGAGCUGUGUCUGUCAGACUCAUGGCACUAGGGAGGCUGCAGGGCCACCUGCUUUUCAGGGUCCCGACUCCAUCAAGCACUUCCCGGACUCAGCCAUCGAGGGCAUCUGUGGUAUGAGGUCCCCUUUGCAAAUGUGGAUGAUGCCGGUCAUUUGACUCUUAGAAAACACAACCGGAGGGCUGCUCUCCAGAACGCAGACGGCUCUGCCAAGGCCUGAGACGGCUGCUUGCAUCUGUCUCGCACAAAGAUAGAUCUUUGUGGUGAGAUCAUCAGUGUGGAGUUUUGAGAAGAUCUGGAAGGUACUGCCCACUUUUAAAGGAAGUGCCUCGGCUGUGGAUAACUGAAAACAUCUACGUCCUACACCCUGGAGGGCAGAGAGCAGCCACUGUCACUACUGGCCUGGGGGUCUUUGGAUCUUGCCAUCUCAUUCGGGGUCCUCUGAAAGCUACCCAGGGUUCUCAUCUUCCCUAGAGCUUGUAGUGUAAAGUGACAGCUAGUGUGUGACACUCUCUCUCCUUCUCCCUCUCUCUCUCCCCAUUCCCUCCCCUCCUCUCCUCUGCCCCUUCCUGGUUUAAAAAAAAAAGGUGCUUGAUGAGGCAGCAAACUUCUUGGGGAAUGAAGCACCACGGCUGCCAAAUGCCUGUAUUGGGAAAGGUGGAUUCUACAUCUUCCGUGGGUGGCCAAGGUAGUGUGGGAGGCUGUUCCCAGCACAUAGUAGGUGCUUGGUAAAAUACCUGUGGUACUGAACGACGAGCACAGGUGCCCAAGUCAGAGAGCUGAAAGCCAUCACCCAAUGACUGCCCCUUCAUUCGGGUCUCUAACAGCUCUCAAAGCUGGGUCAGCCACCACCCUGCUCGCUCCGACUGUGGCAGCACAGGAGAGGAGAGGCGGGGAAGGGCAGAUGUCAGCAAUACUAAGGGCUUCCUCCUGGGAGGGAAGUGAGGUUCCACUCAUUGUCUCGUGACUUCCAUCCCUGCUGAAUGGGGCUGCACGGCCCAGGCUCCUUAAGGGAGGUCCGUACCUCCGAUCCAGUUAGAGCAAUAACCACUUUUUAAAUGUAAAAUAAAGACAGAUGAAAAAGGCA